GAACAAUUUAUCAUGAAAGCCGAGGUGGACAUUCUCAUGGCCAUUCAUCUGGCCAAGAAAACUUGGAUUUCUGUGCGCCCGCACGUACUGAUCGGCGCUUUCAUGAAAGCUGGGUUCAAAUCCACGUUGAUUCAGCCGGUGAUGCAGCCACUAGAGGAUAAAUGCGAUUUGUUCGAGGAUUUUACUCAUGACGUGUCUAUUGAUGACAGUCUUUUUGAAGAAGAAAUCGCCUGUUUGGAGUUUGAUGAAGAAAAUGAAUUCGUUUCGAAUCAAGCAAAGCAUCACAAAGAAGAUGAUCGUGAGGCAGUGAAUGCGCCGGAAGUUAUCUCAAUCAGAGAGACGCAGAAGUUAUUGGAUCAAUUGAAACUCUUUGCCUUGGUUAAUACUCGGACUUCGGGUCGAUUACUGGAGUGUACAAUUGAUCUAAACAGCGCGUUUGUUGAUUUCCAACGAAGAGCCAAGCUGAGACAAACGACGAUUUGUAAUCUGCAAAGAUUUUUGCAAUUCUGUGGUGCACUGAACUGA